AUGAAGGAUUGGGGUACUCGCAUUAACGAUGCUGUGGCGAAGAGUGUUGUUGGCCGCAGGUUCCGGCUUGAAGGGUCUGGACAUCGGCGUGAGCGGAAGGGAUCUCGGUUCCUAACCGAAGUUCGUGCUGGGCUCACCACCUUCUUUGCCAUGACAUAUAUCAUAUCGGUCAACGCGACUAUCCUGACGGAUUCCGGCGGACCAUGUGUGUGCCACGAUACCAAAGAUCCUACCUGCAAGACCGAUAUCGAUUAUAACCUGUGCCUGAACGUGCUUAAACGCGACCAAAUAACCGCCACUGCUGCGAUAUCCGCCCUAUCGUCGUUUUGCAUGGGUCUCUUCUCGAAUAUGCCUAUUGCUCUGGCUCCUGGAAUGGGACUGAAUGCAUACUUUACGUAUACCGUUGUUGGCUUUCAUGGAUCAGGUCCUGUAAGUUACGGUCUAGCGUUGACGGCAGUGUUUGUGGAAGGAUUCAUCUUCGUCUUCUUAUCCAUAUUCGGAAUGCGUCAGUGGCUAGCUCGUGCGAUGCCGAAAUGCAUCAAGCUUGCCUCUGGGGUUGGAUUAACGUAUAGCGCCGGCAUCGGAGCCAUCACAGGCGAUAAAGAUACGCCCGUCACCCUAGGCGGCUGCGUACCCAGCGAGAUGAUUAACGGCGUAUGCCCUGGCGGAGCCAAAAUGCGCAACCCAACGCUCUGGGUCGGUAUAUUCUGCGGCGGCAUCCUAACCUGCAUUCUAAUGAUGUAUCGAGUCAAAGGCGCCAUAAUCGCCGGCAUCCUACUUGUCUCCAUCAUUUCCUGGCCCCGUCCUACGAACGUCACAUACUUCCCUCACACAGUCCAAGGGAACGACGCAUUCGAAUUCUUCAAAAAAGUAGUCACCUUCCACAAGAUCGAAAGUACACUUGUCCAACAAGAGUGGAAUCUAGCCAAGGCAGGAGGCCAAUUCGGUCUGGCGCUCAUCACGUUCUUAUACGUUGAUAUCCUCGAUGCUACGGGGACGAUGUAUUCUAUGGCUCGGUUUUGCGGGGCCAUUGAUGAACGAACGCAAGACUUCGAAGGGUCCGCGAUGGCAUAUACUGUCGACGCACUCAGUAUUUCCAUCGGUUCGUUACUAGGCACAUCCCCCGUCACGGCAUUCGUGGAGUCAGGCGCAGGUAUUUCCGAAGGAGGCAAAACAGGCCUUACUGCAAUGACUACUGGUAUAUGCUUUUUUAUAUCACUAUUCUUUGCACCCAUCUUUGCAUCCAUUCCGCCAUGGGCGACGGGCUGUACGCUUAUACUGGUCGGAAGCAUGAUGGUUCGUGUCGCGGCUGAUAUCAACUGGCGGUAUAUGGGCGACGCCAUACCUGCGUUUGUAUGUUUGGCCGUCAUGCCGUUCACGUAUUCGAUUGCCUAUGGCCUUAUAGCUGGCAUCAUCUCUUAUGCGGUGCUUAAUUCAGUUGUGGCGCUGGUCGAGGUGUUGUCUGGUGGUAGGGUUGUGCCGGAGAAUAAAGAGUUCAAGGAUCCAUGGUCGUACAAGGUACCCGGCGGAGUGUUGCCUGGUUGGACGCGCAGGCUAAUCAAGGGGAUGAAAGACUUCUGGCGCGAGGAUGACGAAUCUGAACAUGGCCUUGGACAGGAUGACGUCGUCGAGGCGAAGGUGCAUCCGAUAUCAGAGUCGCAUGGUUUUGACAAACAAUCAUAA